CUGGAGCUGCAGAUGAGAAGCAAGGGGAGUGUCUGUGGCCUGUGGCUGGAAUGGGGUUGGCUGGGGGGCUCGGAACCCAGGCCUGCCACAGGCCGGAAUCCCCAGGCCUGGUCCUGCCCUGGGUAGGGUGUUCCCCAUGGUGAUUAGUGGGGCAGUUAAAUGGGCUGUGGCCAGACAUGCCAUUGGGGUGAACUCAACAGAGUGGUCUUUGAUCUCCUCUGGCCAAGCCCAGUUCUUGAAAGGGAUAUAAGUCAAAGAGAGUCUUAGAGAGACAGACUUUGGACACUCCUCGUUCAUUUUUGCUCCUUCGCCCUCUGGCAUUAGCUCCCACCAUGACCCAACGAUCUUCCAUCACCAUCAAAUCGGGGGGCACGCGGAACUUCAGUGCCUCCUCAGCCAGCCUCCUCCCGGCAAGCUGCCGGCCCAGCUUCAGCUCUGUCUCCAUGUCCCAGAGUGGAAAGAGCUUUGGGGGCGGCUUUGGGGGUGGCUUCGGGACGAGGAGCCUCCACAGCUUGGGAGGAAGCAAGAGAAUCUCCAUCAGCGGGGGCUACCGCUCCAGCCGCAGCAGCUUUGGGGGUGCUAGCUGUGGGCUGGGUGUCGGUGGCCUAGGGUACAGAAUGGGGGGAGGCUUUGGUGGGUAUGGAAUGGGAGGUGGGAUGAUGGCUGGAGCUGGGGGCAUCCAGGAGGUCACAGUCAACCAGAGUCUCCUGACGCCCCUGAACCUGGAGAUCGAUCCCUCUCUCCAGCGGGUGCGCAAGGAGGAGCGUGAGCAGAUCAAGACCCUGAACAACAAGUUCGCCUCCUUCAUCGACAAGGUGCGGUUCCUGGAGCAGCAGAACAAAGUCCUGGAAACGAAAUGGAGCCUCCUGCAAGACCAUAAAACCACCAGAGCCAAUAUCGAGCCCAUGUUUGAAGCCUACAUCAACAACCUGAGGCGGCAGCUGGACUGCCUGGGAGGAGAGCGGGGGAGGCUGGAGAUGGAGCUGAAGAACAUGCAGGACGUGGUGGAGGACUUCAAGAACAACUAUCCCUCUAGCUCAUGGCCAGAGGCAGCUAGCUGGGCCCAAGAGUGGGCCCAAGGUGAUAGCAUGUUCUGUGCCCAGGAUGUGGAUGCUGCCUACAUGAACAAGGUGGAGCUGGAGGCCAAGGUGGAUGCCCUGAUGGAUGAGAUCAACUUCCUGAGGGCAUUCUAUGAGGCGGAGCUGGCCCAGCUUCAGGCUCAGAUCUCUGAAACUUCCGUGGUCUUGUCCAUGGACAACAACCGCAGCCUGGACUUGGACAGCAUCAUCGCCGAGGUCAAGGCGCAGUAUGAGGACAUUGCCAAUCGCAGUCGGGCCGAAGCGGAGUCCUGGUACCAGACCAAGUAUGAGGAGCUGCAGCGGUCCGCCGGCCGGCAUGGGGAUGACCUCCGCACCACCAAGAUGGAGAUCUCCGAGCUAAACCGGGCCAUGCAGAGACUGCGCUCGGAGAUUGAUAACCUGAAGAAACAGUGCGCCAGCCUGCAGGCCGCCAUUGCUGAUGCGGAGCAGCGUGGGGAGAUGGCCCUCAAGGAUGCCAAGAACAAGCUGGCAGAGCUGGAGGACGCCCUGCAGAAGGCCAAGCAGGACAUGGCGCGGCAGCUCCGAGAAUACCAAGAGCUGAUGAACGUCAAGCUGGCGUUAGACAUUGAGAUUGCCACCUACCGCAAGCUGCUGGAGGGCGAGGAGUGCAGACUCACUGGAGAAGGCGUUGGAUCUGUGAACAUCUCUGUGGUCUCUUCCUCUGGAGGCUCAGGCUACAGCGGGGGCAGCGGCCUGUGCAUGGGUGGGGGCGGCUACAACAGCUGCCUCAGCUAUGGUGGCAGCGGCGGGGGCAGCGGGUUCAGCUCCACCAGCAGCCGUGGUGGCAGCAGCAGCAGUUCCAGCAUGCGCAUCAUCUCCAAGACGUCGUCCUCCACCAAGAAGAGUUACAGGAGCUAAGGCGCCCACCUGUCCUGGGCAGCCGCCCUCAAGGUCCAAGCUUCCAGCCUCAGGCCUGAUGCUUUGCCCGCAUCCCAUGCUCACAUCCACCGCAGCAGGCAGGGGAGUGGCGAGUGGCUAUGAAUUUAAAGGUCACCUUGUCCAUCACUUGUCACAGGCCCCAAAGAGUUCGCUCAUCCAUCCUGGUCUCAGAGCCCUCCCGGGUCCAUUCCAGCCCACACUGACUCAACUGCUCUGGGCCAAGACCUGGGCUAGGAUUUUGCCCUUAAGAAAUUCCCAGAAUUGGGAGAUGUCAUAGGAUCUCUUCCUCCUGUCUGACCCAGAUCCACUACAAUCCCAAGAUGAUUCCUCUUGCUCAGUCCUUCAUGGGAACCUUAAAAUUGACCCAGGGACCCUAAAGAAGUCCAGGGCUGUCUAGGUCUAAUUUUCUACAUAGGUUGUUUCUCCCUAAAGAUGACACUUUUCCUGCUGGGCCCUCAGACCAGGAAAUAUCUUUGCAAAACCUGUCACACAUAUUGCCUUCUCUCCUCCUUUUAUUUUGUCUCUGUACAGGCCCUCAGCCAAGUCCACCAGCAACUCCCCCCAGUAAAAUAUUUGAACAAGGAAUCAAUAGCCCUCAAAACAGUACCAACUGUGAUUAUUCAUACUAGAUUGGGAAAAAAUUUAUCAAGAGCCCGAGUUUUCUGUGGCCUGCAGCUGCAUUGCAUGCGCUUAUAGCCACAUUCCUUCCAUAUCUGCCUCAUUGAAACUGAUAUUAGAUGGCUGACUCCGAACAGAAAGAUCCCAGUGAUGAGGGGGUAGGAGGCAGCCACUCAGCUCAAAAUGCCCGCACAAGAUACACCAGAAAAAGGAAUCCAAUUAGCCUGUAUAGAGAACUGCCCUGUGAGAGGCCUCCUGCAAAACAAUGCUCCAGCCUCGGCCCUCUCCCCGUUUCCCUUAUGCUAACCACCUAUUUCUUCUGGAAGCUUCUCUUUCCUUUUGACCUUAUUCACCCUCACUGCUUUUCCUACUCAUCCUCAGGGCCCCUCGUUGUGUGUUCUCCCUCAUUGCCCACCCUUCCUCUCCUCUCCUCGCCUCUCUUCUCUAUUUCUCUCUUUUUAUCCUUCCCACUCUUCCCAUUUUGCAACAUAUUUUCUGUUUUUGCUCUUCCAACCUUUCUUUUCCCACAUCCCAGCCUCUGAAAUGUCUCCGAGCUAUGAGGAUUCCCCUGUCCCCAGCCCCAGUGAGAACAAAGCUCUCUAAAGGCAGCACCUCAAACUCUCUGCCCCACGGGGAAGAACUGAGGUGGUGAGCUUGGAGGAGAGGCAGUCCUGGCUUUGGAGUGUCCCCUCCCUCUGAAGGGACAUGAUAGUCCAGUCCCACCAAGGGAACAGAGGGAAGAGGCAGGUGAACAGGGUGAGG